GGUGCUCGGAACACUGCACAUGCGGUCCCAUUAUUCUUUUGUCAUAUACCAAUGGACACUGCGUUUUAAACCCGUCAAGACCCGUGAUCAGCAAGCAAAGUCCUGCCAGGGUCAGAUUGUGUAUUGUUGAGCUUUUGAUUCAUCGCGUUGUUGGCAGAACCAUCUCACCUCCUAGGUAUUUCUUAGUUGUCUGUUGCUGGUGGAUUGCGAAGGUCGACAGCAGGCAUGAUAUUCACUAGGAGAUGGAGAGCAGCAGCAACGACAGCGGCCGCACUGCUCGGCAGCACGGCUCUCGCGCAGACCUGGUCAUCAUGUAAUCCGCUAACGUCCACAAGUUGCCCCGCCAACACGGCAUUGGGGAUGACAAUCAACGUCGACUUCACUCAGGGCGAGGUUAACUCUUUCGUUGCGAGCGGGGGGACGCCAACCUACGGCAAAGACGGUGUGACCUUCACCGUCGCAAAGGCAGGAGACGCCCCGCAGCUGAACAGCGUCUUCUACAUCAUGUUCGGCCGAGUCGAGGUGACCUUGAAGGCCGCCCCAGGGGCGGGUAUCGUCAGCUCCCUGGUGCUCAUCUCAGACACGCUGGACGAGAUCGACAUGGAAUGGCUGGGCGCCGACGACAGCGAGGUCCAGACCAACUACUUCGGCAAAGGCCAGACGACCACAUACAACCGCGGGCAGUUCAACCCGGCAGCCAACAACCAAGCCGAGUUCAUCACCUACACCAUCGACUGGACCAAGGACCGCAUCGUGUGGUACGUCGGCGGCACCGAGGUGCGCACGCUCACCUACGCCGACGCCGAGACGGGGCAGUACCCGCAGACGCCGAUGCAAAUCAAGUUUGGCGCCUGGUCGGGCGGGGACCCGUCCAACGCGCCGGGCACCAUCGAGUGGUCGCGGGGGCCGACCGACUACUCGAAGGGCCCCUUUUCCAUGGUGGUGCGCUCGGCCGUCAUCACCGACUACUCGACGGGCAAGAAAUACACGUACGGCGACAGCUCCGGCACGUGGCAGUCGAUCGUGUCGGACGGUGGCGCCGUCAACGGCAACGUCGGCAACGCGGACGCCAUCACGGUGACGGCCAGCGCGCCGGCCGCGACAAACUCGCUGUCGCCGACCAUCCCCGCGGGCGGCAUCAUCGGCGGCGGCAGCACGACAGCCGGCGCCAGCUCGGCGGUGCAGACGGUCGGCACGAUCCCGGAUGGCUGGGUGAUGACUUCGUCGGGCAAGAUUGUCCCGGUAGGCUCCAGCACUGUAAGUACGUAUAUAUCAUUUCCCGUCCUCGGAUCCCGUCCCCCUUCUAGAAAAGGAAAAAGGGGGUAAAUCCACAAACCUCAGGCACCUUACUAAGACUACAUUUGCUGAUUUUUAUUUCGGUCAUAGACACCCCCAAGCCAACCAUCCUCCUCGCCUGCCUCGUUGUCACCCUCACAAGGCUCUGGUGGUGCUGACACAACAUUCGCGACGUUCACGACGAGCACAGCCCUAGCGUCGACGCCA